AUGGAUUCGGAUCAUGUAGAUCCUUUCCAAGGUGCCGAUGCGGUGGUCCGUGCCCACCUUGUGCAGUCUUUCCGGUUGGCAGCGUCUGCUAAUCGAGCCGAAGGCCCAACAGGUGAGCUGAACAUUUUUCAAGCAGCUGCGUCAGCUGGCUGGAUCCGCCGUGCGGAUUCCGGUCGGGUCGGGCCUUUGGGAGCUUUUCGUGCACUCCUGUUGGGCUUCGACCCCCCGCACUUCAGCUCCAGCACCAUGCAUAACGGGCGUGUUGCUGCCACAGCUCCAUUCGCGGGAAGUUCCCAGCGCACCUUCCAGCCUAGAAGCCGUUCCCCCAGCCUUGCUCUUCGACAUGACCGGUCCACGCACAGGACCCCGCUGCCAGAACGUGACAUGGGUGGCCCCCGUCCGUCAACGGCUCGCAAGCAGAUGCUGUGUCCGCACUGCAGUGCUGGCCUGGUUCCAGAGUAUGUGCCGUUCACGUGCCAGCUUUGUCACUGGCGGUCCUACAAGUACGAUGAAAAAAGCUGGAUGUGUCCGGCCGGCUGCAAUGCUCGUUUCUGCAGGCAUUGCUGCCGCAGCUGCACUGGUACCGUGUAG